AAGUGAGUGCUGGCAAUGUGUGCUUUCACUGAGGCUGCAGCGGGGGAGUUGCAGAUUGGCCCCCGGACGGUCAGGAUCAGGAAACCACUUCUGGCAGCUGAUGUGCCCAGGGUUGGAUACAGUUCCUCCUCCAAUCACAAGUACAUUCCCCGGAGAGCAGUGCUCUAUGUACCUGGAAAUGAUGAAAAGAAAAUAAAGAAGAUUCCCUCCUUGAAUGUAGAUUGUGCGGUGCUCGACUGUGAGGAUGGUGUUGCUAUGAACAAAAAGAAUGAAGCUCGAUCGAGAAUAGUAAAAACUCUUGAAGACUUUGAUCUGGGCCCAACUGAAAAGUGUGUGAGGGUCAACUCGGUGUCCAGCGGUCUGGCCGAAGAAGACCUGGAGAUUCUCCUGCAAUCCCGGGUCCUUCCUUCUAGCCUGAUGCUGCCAAAGGUCGAAGGUCCUGAAGAAAUCCAGUGGUUUUCAGACAAAUUUUCAUUCUACUUAAAAGGCCGAAAACUUGAACAACCUAUGAAUUUAAUCCCUUUUGUGGAAACUGCAAUGGGUUUGCUCAAUUUUAAGACCGUGUGUGAAGAAGCACUAAAGACCGGACCUCAAGUGGGUCUUUUUCUAGAUGCUGUUGUUUUUGGAGGAGAAGACUUUCGAGCCAGCAUAGGUGCAACAAGUGGUAAAGAAGCCCAAGAUAUUCUGUACGCCCGACAAAAGAUUAUUGUUAUAGCGAAGGCCUUCGGUCUGCAGGCCAUAGAUCUGGUGUACAUCGACUUUCGAGACGGAGAGGGGCUCCUCAGGCAGUCCAGGGAAGGAGCCGCAAUGGGGUUUACCGGUAAGCAGGUGAUACACCCUAACCAAAUUGCCGUGGUUCAGGAACAGUUUUCUCCUUCCCCUGAAAAGAUUAAGUGGGCUGAAGAACUGAUCGCUGCCUUUAAAGAACAUCAACAAUUAGGAAAGGGAGCCUUUACUUUCCAAGGGAGUAUGAUCGACAUGCCAUUACUGAAGCAAGCCCAGAACAUUGUUACGCUUGCCACAUCCAUCAAGGAAAAAUGAUCUGUUAAAUGAAGCUCUCAUCAGGCAGCACGCUACAGGCCGGCCUUCAAAGAAAUACCAGAAGCCAAGUAUCCUGUCUGUCAUCACUUAAUAAUGCUUGAAGCUUUUCCUAUAACAAAAGGGGCAGAAACAACCCUACCUCGCAUCGUGGGAGCCCGAUAAUUCUUCCACCAGCUCUACCUACACCAGAAGAGCUUUCUCUUAACUGUAAGUAUUAGAUCUGACUAAUCGGGACGACCACUGCCUUUGGUAAGUAAAAUCGGAAUAAAGUGACUGUUUGCAACUUUACUUGGUCACACACGACAAUAAGGAGGGACUCGAUAGGUUGCAAUGAUAUGUAACUUCCUGUUGUUUUUGGUAAAAUAGACAAAUGUUCCCAUUUCAAGAAAGUCAACAUCAUUUUUGUACACAUUCUCUUGCGAGGUAGGAAUCAAACCACAGAGACAGAAGGGCUGUCUACUUGUUCGUUCCUGGCAUCCAGCAUGGUGCUUGCCCUUAAUACAUUUUUGUUGAGUGAAUCAAUGAAUCAGUUAAUGAAGUAGGAAACAAAGGAAAGAUGAUCUCCUCUCUAUUGUGUUAGAUGCUGGGGAUAUGAAGAUAUGUAACCCGGGUCCCUCCCCUGGGCAGCUCACCCUGGUGGUGGAGCCAGACCCACAAAUAGAGAAAGACUCAAACACGAUGUGACUGAUUCCUACAGUCAUCUUACUGAUUGUCCGUACUCAUGUCUUAGUUCCUCCUGAAGUUCCUCCUGUUUCAGGUGCUUAUGCUCAGUAACACAUAAUCCCUUACUUUACAACUUCCCAAUCUAGUCUGGAAAACCAGCAUGAAGCACAGAAAACACGAUACCACAUGGAAAGCAAAACAGAAAUAUGUACACUGCAGAGAGGCAACACCCUGUAAUUUAAUCACAUAGACUCUGGCAUUGGACUGCUUGAAUUCACAAAGCUGUGUGACCUUGGACAAGAUGCUUAGCCUCUCUGGGCUUUAAUCAUUCCAUUUGUAAAAUGAGGAUAAUACGGAGACCUAUCUUAUAGACCUUUGAUAAAGAAUAAUUGAGUUAAUAUCUGUAAAACACUUAGGAAAGUGCCACGCUCAUACUUUGUACCAUCAUAAACAUAUGCGAAAUAAAUCUUUCCUGUCUUCUUUGAAUUCGACUCUCAUUAAGAACUCUCUGACUUUCUCUGUGCAUGCCUGAAUAUUCUCCCCAGAUAAGAUGCAUGACCAAAUGCAACUCCAAAGCUAUGGGCUCAGGUUAAUAGGGAAGGAGAGGUGAGAUUCCUAUCUGUGUAUGGAAAAUAAUGAGCAUUUGACAGAAUGAAAAAAAUCCUCAAAGCCAGGGUACCUAAACCAGGAUUGCAAAUCCAUUCUAAACAACCACUACUCCCUCCUCCCUGGUCGAGGGAGGACAGACCUUGCUAAUCAACCUCAGUAUCCUUUCCCACUGAGUCUAGAUUCAGGCUCUACAUUAUUUUCCAAACAGGGCCCCAGGCAUUGACUACUAACCAGGGCCUAUUGUAUCUCUGGCCUAAAACUUAUCUUAAGGUUAGCCUCGGGGUUAGUUUCCCCCUGGGAACACAGGAGAGCCUUCCCUUCCAGGCACCCUGCUGCGGAGCCACAGUGGAACUGCCUGCUCCCAGGACUGAAGGCCAGCUCCUGAAAUGCCCUGCCAGACCCCACUCCUGAGAGAACACUAAUGGAGCUGGUCCUACUCUGCCCUCCCUUGUGUGUCCACAGCCCUCUGUGACCUCAGCUAAGCAAGUUACUUAACUUCUCUGAGUCUCAGAAUCUGAUUCUUCCUGGGAAAAUGGGAUCUCUCUCUCUCUCUCUGCUGGAGUAACAGAGCAGCCUCCCAGUAAAUGGCACAUGCCACAUUGCUAAGCCCAGCUCUGUCUUCCCACCAGCCCGUCACAGUGCCUUCAUGACUUCAUCCCCAGGUCCCAGCAUAAUAUAAAACAGGGCUGGGAUGCUCCUGUUGAGGCCACUGUUACCUCCCCCUCCCCCUAACACAAGACUGUCUGUGAACUCAAGGUCACAUAGGCUCCAACACUGGGGAAGAGGUGAAGACCAGUUUGGGGGAUGGACAGUGAAGGGAUUCCCCAAGGUGCAUGCAAGGACUCCAUCACAGACCCUAUUAGGAAACAAUGGAGGGGGCACUUUGCUCCCAUAAGCGGAGAGGUGUCUUCUCCUGGCGGGGACCAGGGGUGAGACCAGGUGGAUGACAUCCCACCUGUCCACCUUCUCCAGCUCCUCUUAAUGAGGGGCUGACUUACCUAAGACUUUCCAUUUCUGGAGCCACUCUCAUUACCUCCUUCCACUGGACCUUGGUAUGGAAGACUCAAUUACCGCUUCCUGUCCCUUCCUCAAAUGGGAGGGUUGUGCCCUGUAAAGCUUAGCCAUGGCCUUCUCCCUCUGCCUGCCUCACCCCUCCGCCUCCUCUCUCUGACUCUUUGCCUGCUCUUACCAAGUAUGUGAGUGAUAUCCCCCCACCCUCACAGAGAGGAGCAGGUCCUGCUGUCCUUCUAGAGAAAGCAGCCUGGCACCCUUUAGCCCCCGCUUCUGCUCAAGAACAGCAAAUUAGUCAAGGGCUGGCAUUUCUGGGUCAUCUGCGGGACAGCGUGUGACCUUCCUCUCCUCCCUGUGUCCACUACUUCCUGGGCCAGGCCUGCGAUUCAACUCCUCCAAAUCCAGGGCCCUGCAUGUAAAGGCCCUGUCAACAUUAUAGACUUCUCUUCUGAGAGUUUUACAAGUUAACUGGGAAAAUGAAAUGAGCCCGGGCGGAAAGUUGCCUUACAAGGGAGCAAAUCUGGGCAGAGAGCGGACCGGGCGGUAGCAGUCUCACAGAGUCCGCGUUGAACCAUCAGCCAAUUUAAUGUCUGCAUUAAAAACGGAUUUGUGUGGAAUGUAGUGCUUCUUUUAAUUGCUCCAAAUAAAUAUCCUGGGUAAUUUUAAGAAAGACUGCCGCAGUAGCUUCCUGAGCAGCAGCACGAGCCAUAUAUUACCAGCAAGUGCUUUGGGGCAUUGUUUGCUGAGAAAGGCGUUACAUAAAUUGAAACUCCUUUUGCUCAGAGCCAGUCCCGAAAGUUCAUGCAGUGAGAAACAUUUCUCACCGUGCACAAACUGUGAAUUGUAUAUAAAAUUAAAUUUUCUGAUUAAAAUCUGCAUUGUUGGACCUCCCGCUGACUGCCACCAUUUUGCUGAAAUAAGAUACUAUUUGUGGUAAUGGCAGCGCGGGAAACCUGUUAUCAUUGAUUGUAAACUGGCCUCACUCCUACGGCUUAAAAAAUCUGGAGAGCUUUAUUGUGCAAACAUUGCAUUUUCCGUACAAAUAUUACCGAGCAAAGCUUUACCACCGAUUCAUCAGCUGGGGUGCACGCAGAUUACAAUCCGACCCAUCAGCCCUAAAUCUGCUGCACACCCAAGGCUGCAGGUAGGGUUCUGCGAGGUGCAGGAUGCUGGCAGGAAAACGAGACAAGCAUACACAACCAUCUGCUGUUUUUUAAUUUAAAAAAUAUUUUGCUUCACAAGGGCAUUAUUACUUGAGAGACUAAGGAAGAUAAAAGGAAAAGCUGAGGCCUCAGAAGAGUUCAGAUUCAACAGCCUGCCCCACCCCCAACCCGUGCCCCAGGGAGCCGCCUAGCACCGCCCCAUCCCCUCUCCCCAGACUGCCAACCUCCAAGCCCCCCCACCCCUGGGUCUGAGAAUCAGCCUUAGGAAAGUCAGCUACGACUCCUCCCAGCAAUGUUGACGGAAGACUCAAAGCUAACAACUCCGUCUGACAAAUGCAGAAUCUGAAACCAAAACAAUGGAGAUAAUUUUUUUUCCUAAGAAAAUCUGUGUUCAGAAUUAGAACCCCAAAGGCUGCCUUUCCAUCUUACAUUUUCCCCCAGCUUUCGCUUUACAAGUGAACGCUCGCUCUCCAAAAGUCAACAUCAGCCAGGCACACAUAAAUAUUUUUUACUGCCUCUUAACCAUUAGAAUAGAUUGUCCCUCUCUUUCAUGCGUAAAUCACUUUGUUGCUUGGGUGAUACAAAAUCGCUCUGACUUACAAAGAAAGAUGGGGAGGGUGGGGGUGGGGGUGGAGAAAGGUUUCACAAAAUGAUUGCUCCAUAGCGGCCUAUCUCCUAUUUUGACAAAUAAAAUGAGCCCAAACAAACCAACUUCUUAAGGAACAACCUAGUCUGAAUGUAAUAAAGCAUCUUUUUCUAGAAGAGCGCACUAAGGUUACAGGCAAAGCCAGUGCUGGACGAAUAAACUAAGCCACGAUGUGCUCUGAGGGAGCAAAUGCGAGGCAAGUGGUUUGAGGUGGAUGGGUGCUCAAAGACCUGAAGUUCAAAAGCACAUAAUUCCUGGAAGGCACCUGUGUAAAGUGGGUAGGAUCACACACACACACACACACACACACACACACACACACACACACACCACACCACACCACAUCACAUCACAUCACAUCACAUCACAGUGUCCUUUUGCACUUUCUUUGCCCUAAAAGCCAAUCCCAGGUAUUCAUAUGCAUUAACUAAGCAUUCUCACCUGUGGGAAAGAUAUGUGGGGGUAGAAACAGGAAGUUCCCAGUGGGGUACCCGGCUCAAUCCCCUGUGUAUUGCCUUGCCUAUAGAAUUUGGGGAAAUCACUAUGCCGAUUUGUGUUUCAAUUGCAUAAUGACUAAAUAAAAUAAUUUACACAUUUAUGAAUUAGCUAUUUUUGAAAAUUAUUCCACUGGUUUUCUUUUCUAGAUUUCUCUUGUGAUUUCCAGUCUUUCAUAGUUUCUAAAACUCUUAACUAGCCUGAACCUGAGUUUCUUACUUGGAUGUAGCUGGGGAGAGGGGGCGUAAGUAAUCUGUUUUCCCUUUUUCUAUUAUUACCACCCAUACACGUGCCUUCUGUUUGAAAACCAAUAAUAAAAUCAGUCGCAAUAUUACAUUCA